UUCGUGGUAAUCGUACAGCGAGGGGCGUCGUAUCGCAUUGGUUGAACUGUAAAGGCGAGCGACCCACUAAUCUACAGUGUUUGUCUCGACAGGUAGAUUUCACGCGCUGAUUGUCGAUGGCCGACAGGUGCUGGCUAUUUCAGUUGCGUCAACCAGUCACCAGUAUCUCCAGUGAUAUAGACAUUGUUCAACGGCUACCCACCUGCCAUACAUAUCAAGCUUGACAUGAACAAGGCGCUGUGGACUACAGGUAGAUUUCAGCUACCUGGCACGAACGAAUGACGCCAGUGCGUGGAUAAACAUUUCACACAACGACAUGAACAUGUAGUCAAUUACAUUCCGUGACGUUCAUUUCAUUUUCAAGAUGCCGCACUGGUCGGAAAAAGGACUCCGGUAUCAAUCGGGCUUGAUGAUACAAGUUGCGGGGUUUUGUGUGUACGUGAUAGGAUAUGGGAGCCCUACCUGGACACAAGUAUACUCGCUAUUUCAAACGGACAGCGUGACGGCAUACCAUGGAUUGUGGCAAAUGUGUGGCAAAACAAUAUCUUCGUGUGCCGUGUUUGAAUCUCUCAACCAGGAGAUGCAUUCUUGGCACCAAGCCACCCGAGGUCUGGCCACGAUCAGUCUGAUAUUUUCUGUGAUAUCACUGCUGCUGCUGAUACGAUACAACUUCACCCAGUUUUCCCGCACCGCUGUGGACACGAGGUCCGUCAAGGCGCUGCCAACUCUUGCAGGUAUCACUGGGAUCAUCGCCUCCUCCAUUUACGCUAUACGGACACAGCUGCUGGUGUCUCGGAACAACGCCAGCUUGUCCUGGGGGUUCGCCUUGGCGGUUUUGGGGAACGCCAUGAUGAUACUGAGUGCCUGCCUCCUGUGUUCACGACGGGGACGUCCUGCCGCUCCCCCGGCCAACAGGAUGCAGACCUGGUCCACGGGAAUGAACCUGCCGCCAGGUGGCUCUGCCGGAUUUGCCUACUGGGAAGGAUCUGGAGGCCCAAUGGUUAACCCAGCCUUUCAAGACGCUUCCUUCAUCAAACCGCCCGACUUCGCUGACGCUCCCCCUAGCUAUGAGGAAGCCAUGAGGGGAUCCGCAUGAUACAUCCUUACUUCAGAGCCGGCGGCGAACUGUACUGUGAUGUGUGAACGCUGAAUGAAGUCGUGGACUGUUUUUAAAUGAAAUUCAUAGUGUCCCGAAAGUGUUCCGCGACUAUCAUCACAAUGAACACUGAAUAGACAGACCGUUACUCAUCUAUAGGUAUUGAUUGUAAGGUUUUUAAUUAAUGGGGGACCAGGCUCCGGCCAAUUUACAGCCCAAGCACGUAUGAUGCGAAUCAUUCGAAACCCACUUUGUUGAUCUGCUUAUUCAAAACCUAUGACUUUAUCAAUCUACCAGUUAACGAUUACCCCAUUUACACAGAUGUCUCAGUCAGUGCCUAGACUGAAACUAGGCACCAGACCGGUGGGCAUAGUGCUUGAGUUAGUGAAUAUGGUCUACGCCGCUUUUAGCAAUAUUCCAGAAAUGUAAUGGCUCGGAAUACCAGAACCGUUGUACUCAUAUAGGGAUCGAACCCGGGUCUUCGACGUGAAGAGCGAACGCUUUAACCACAAGGCUACUCCCUCGCCCAUGGCUUAGUGCCUGAAGUCGUUAAUAUAAUGUAUAUUAUGUUUAUAGUACAUGUCAGUAUAAUGCCUCUUGAGGUAAGGUGUUAUCAGGCAUAAAUCUUCAAUGCAUAACAUAAGGACUUAACGACACCUCCCAAGAGUUCUUGCGAGCAAGGGUCAGCUCUGCUUUUUAUGUCACCCGAGAACCGAGCAUGGCGCCCAGCUUGAUGCAUUCCAUGUUAAUGUUUUCACUAUUGAGUUGUUUUGACGUUUGCAUAAUUUGUGUGACAAUAUCACUUAUUAAUAUUCAUAAAUUUCAAUAUAUUUGUUACCUGGAUAUAACAAGAAGAUAUAUGCAUUAUUCAGGACUCCUGCAAAAGCAAUGGUCUUUGAAUGGCACAACACUGACCGAGCCAAGUGAGGGAAGUGUGUGAGCAAUGAAGUGAUGGUUUGGUUCAGUACAGUGCUGGUAUAUGACAGAGAACAUUACACGGCCAGCUGGAGGUGGUCAUCUGCUGCCCACUCUCAGUAUUUAAGGCACAUGUUAUCAAUAGAUAUUCUUUCAAGCUACCCGAUCUUAUUAUUAAUGUAGACCAGACAAUGUACAUGUAUUGGUGUAUUCGUCAGAUAGAGAACAUAUUAUAUGGGUUUGAUGGACUCACGAAUGUAUAAAUUAUGCAUAUAUUUUCAAUACUGUUUUCUAUAUUGAAAACCGCGUCGAGAAGUUGAAAUAACGACAUGACGAUCAUUUCUGAAUUAUGCCAAAAUUCAUGUCUGCAUUAUUAUACGUCAAUUCUACGACGUAUUAUUUUGUCAAGAAAAAUAUCUGUAUUAUGUUACGUCAACAAUAACGUAUGAAUAAUAUUACGUCAAUAAUAAUGUCUGCAUUAUAUUACAUCAAAUAAUAAUGUCUGAUAUACAUUUCGUCAACAAUGUCUGAAUUAUUUUACGUCAACAAUAAUGUCUGAAUUAUUUUACGUCAACAAUAAUGUCUGAAUUAUAUUUUGUCAACAAUGCAGAAGAUCACGUGACUCCACACGUGUAACGAAAGACAACAUGGCAGUAUCUCAGCCAUUGGAAUAAAUUACGACAGCUUUAACUGUUUUCAGUUUCAAAACAGAAACAAUUUUAUAGUUUAGUACAUAAAUGUUCACGGGUUAGUCUGGUUGGAUAUGGCCAGAUCAGCUAUUUACAAGCUUUGUCCUAAAUGUUUCUUGUCCUAUCAAUCAGAGAAAGAUAAUAUAUUCGUAUAUUCUGUAAACUGACACCAUCUUUAUCCGGACUUAGAUGCAUGCACAUUUGGUUUAAAAGUCAAAGUGAUGAGCUGUUUGUAGUUUGGUAUAGACUGCUGCCAUCCAGGUUAAGUCCUCAUGAGUGUCCGCAUGAGUGUAUGCAACCUCUCAAUACCUUGUAACAGGUGGUAUCCCAUGGAAUUUGAUAACUGUCACUAUCGACCAUUAAAUAGUGAUAUAUUUUUAAAAAACACACACCAUUAUCAUAUAGCAACACUGUCGUUUUAUAGUAAUCAAAAGGAUACCCCUUUGUAUUUGCAAUAUGUGUAUUUACUUCUGUUGUCUGUAAAUACUAUAUGUUAUUUCA